CUCGACGUCAACGACAACGAGCCCCGGGUGAAGUUCCGCUACUUCCCGGCCACCUCCCGCUUUGCCUCCGUGGAUGAGAACGCGGCCCCCGGCACGGUGGUGGCCCUGCUGACGGUGAGCGAUGCCGACUCUCCCGCGGCCAACGGGAACAUCUCCGUGUCCAUCCUGGCGGGAAACGAGCAGCGGCACUUCGAGGUGCACAGCAGUAAGGUACCCAACCUCAGCCUCAUCAAGGUAGCGGCCGCGCUGGACCGGGAGCGCAUCCCGGCUUAUAACCUUACCGUGGCGGUGGCGGAUAACUACGGGGCCCCGCCGCCGCCCCCAGGCUCCCCCACCUCCGUCUUCUCCCCCGACGGGGCGGUGGCAGCUCCCGUGAGCCGCUCCUCGGUAGCCAGCCUGGUGAUCUUCGUGAACGACAUCAAUGACCACCCGCCCGUCUUCGGGCAGUCGGUGUACAGGGUGAACAUCAGCGAGGACGUGCCCCUGGGCAGCUACGUGCGGGGCCUCAGCGCCACGGACCGCGACUCGGGCCUCAACGCCAACCUCAAGUACAGCAUCGUCUCGGGCAACGAGCUGGGCUGGUUCCGCAUCAGCCAGCACAGCGGGCUGGUCACCACGGCCGUCCCCGAGGGUGGCACGGCCGGGCACGCUGCAGGCACGUCCAGCUCCGGCGGGCUGGACCGGGAGACUGCUUCUCAGGUGGUGCUCAACGUCAGCGCCCGUGACCAGGGGGUGCAGCCCAAAUUCUCCUACGCGCAGCUGGUGGUGACCGUCCUGGACGUCAACGACAACAAGCCUCGCUUCGGUCAGCCUGAGGGUUACCAGGUGUCCCUGGCUGAAAACUCGCCAUCGGGAACCGAGCUGCUCGUCCUAAGUGCCACCGAUGGGGACCUGGGGGACAACGGGACCGUCCGCUUCUCCCUGCAGGAAGCCGAGCCGGCGCUGGCGGCGGUCGGCCCCUCCUCCUCGGUGACCCCUCGCCAGAUGUUUCGCCUGGACCCGGUUUCAGGCAAGCUCAGCACCGUCUCGCAGCUGGACCGGGAGGAGCAGUCUCACUUCUCCUUGCAGGUCUUGGCCACUGAUUUGGGCUCUCCUCCCCUUUCGUCGCUAGCCCGAGUUAACGUGACCAUCCUGGAUGUGAAUGACAAUAGCCCCGUGUUUUACCCCGUUCAGUAUUUUGCCCACAUCCAAGAGAACGAGCCAGCCGGAACCUACGUGACCACCGUGUCUGCCACGGACCCCGACCUGGGACCCAAUGGGACGGUCAAGUACAGCAUCUCAGCUGGAGAUACCUCCAGGUUUCAGGUCCACGGGCAGACAGGGGUCAUCACAACAAAAAUAGCCCUCGACAGGGAGGAGAAAACUGCUUACCAGUUGCAGAUCGUGGCCACUGACGGUGGCCACCUUCAGUCGCAGAACCAAGCCAUUGUCACCAUCACUGUGUUGGACACACAGGACAACCCCCCUGUUUUCAGCCAGGGCACGUACAGUUUUGUCGUUUUUGAGAACGUUGCCAUGGGUUACCACGUAGGCACCGUUUUUGCUUCCACCAUGGACCUCAACACCAACAUCAGUUACCUCAUUACGACGGGUGACCAGAGGGGCGUGUUUGCCAUCAACAGGGCGACGGGGCGGAUCACCACAGCCAGUAUUAUUGACAGGGAGGAGCAAGCAUUUUACCAGCUGAAGGUGGUUGCUAGAGGUGGGGCGAUAACUGGGGAUGCUGUGGUCAAUAUAACUGUCAAAGAUUUAAAUGACAAUUCCCCACACUUCGUUCACGUGGUGGAAAGUGUAAAUGUUGUUGAGAACUGGAAGGCUGGGCAUACCAUAUUCCAGGCCAAAGCUCUUGAUCCCGACGAAGGUGUUAAUGGCGUGGUCCUUUACAGCCUUAAGCAAAACCCAAAGGGCUUGUUCUCAAUCAAUGAAGAAACCGGUGCUAUAAGCUUAACGGGGCCGCUUGACAUAAACGCUGGGUCUUACCAGGUUGAAAUCCUGGCCUCGGAUAUGGGGGUGCCUCAGCUGUCCUCCAAUUUUAUCCUGACUGUCUCUGUCCAUGAUGUGAAUGAUAACCCGCCGGUGUUUGACCAGCUUUCCUAUGAGAUUACUAUCUUGGAGUCAGAGCCCGUGAAUUCCAGGUUCUUUAAGGUACAGGCUUCUGACAAAGACUCGGGAGUGAACGGUGAAAUUGCUUACAGUAUAAUUGAAGGAAAUGCUGGGGAUGCCUUUGGCAUAUUCCCAGAUGGUCAGCUGUAUAUAAAGAGUGAACUGGACCGUGAACUUCAGGAAAGAUAUGUUUUACUGGUUGUUGCUUCUGAUAGAGCAGUAGAACCACUCAAUGCCACUGUGAACGUUACCGUGAUUCUGGAGGAUGUGAAUGACAACAGGCCCCUGUUCAACAGCACCAACUAUGUGUUCUACUUUGAAGAGGAGCAGAGAGGCGGGUUGUAUGUGGGUAAAAUAAAUGCUGUAGAUAAGGACUUCGGGCCGAACGGUGAGGUCAGGUAUUCAUUUGAGCACAUGCAGCCGGAUUUUGAGCUGAACACAGUAACUGGGGAGAUCAGAAGCACUCAUCAGUUUGACAGAGAAGCUCUCAUGAGACAGAGGGGAGCUGCAGUGUUUAGUCUGACAGUCAUAGCAACAGAUCAGGGGUUGCCAAAGCCUCUGAAGGAUCAGGCAACUGUACAGAUCUAUAUGAAAGACAUCAAUGAUAAUGCCCCCAAAUUUUUGAAAGAUCUUUACCAAGCUACUAUAUCAGAAUUGGCAGUGAAUCUGACACAGGUCCUAAGAGUUUCUGCCUCAGAUGUUGAUGAGGGGGUUAACGGGUUGAUUCACUACUCUGUAAUCAAGGGAAAUGAAGAAAAUCAGUUUGCAAUAGACAGCAGCACAGGCCAGGUGACCUUAGUAGGCAGACUAGAUCAUGAGACUACUGCCUCGUAUUCCCUUGUCAUCCAAGCAGUGGACUCUGGAGCUGUUUCCCUAAGUUCAACUUGCAUGUUGAGCAUUGAUGUAUUGGAUGAAAAUGACAACAGCCCUUCCUUCCCGAAAUCAACCUUGUUAGUGGAUGUCUUAGAAAAUAUGAGGGUUGGUGAACUUGUGUCAUCUGUCACUGCCACUGAUUCUGAUUCAGGUGACAACGCCGACCUCCACUACAGCAUUACAGGGACAAACAAUCACGGGACCUUCAGCAUCAGUCCCAACACCGGGAGUAUUUUUCUCGCCAAGAAACUGGACUUUGAGACACAGUCUCUGUACAAGCUAAAUAUAACAGCAAAAGACCAAGGAAGGCCCCCGCGGUCCUCUACGAUGUCAGUGGUGAUACACGUUAGGGAUUUCAAUGAUAACCCUCCUCAUUUUCCUCCGGGAGACAUCUUUAAGUCAAUUGUUGAGAACGUUCCCGUGGGUAGCUCUGUCAUUUCCGUGACUGCUCACGAUCCGGACGCGGAUAUUAACGGGCAGCUAACCUAUGCGAUCAUCCAGCAGAUGCCAAGGGGGAAUCACUUCCGUAUAGAUGAGGUGAGGGGGACAAUAUUUACCAAUGCUGAGAUCGAUCGGGAGUUUGCCAAUCUCUUUGAGUUAACAGUCAAAGCCACCGACCAGGCCGUUCCCGUGGAGUCCAGGCGGUUUGCUCUCAAGAACGUGACCGUCCUGGUGACGGAUCAAAACGACAACGUCCCCGUGUUCGUAUCGCAGAACGCCCUGGCGGCCGACCCCUCGGUUGUGAUCGGUUCAGUCCUAACCACCAUCAUGGCUGCGGAUCCUGACGAGGGUGCCAAUGGAGAGGUGGAGUAUGAGAUAGUCAAUGGAGACACCGAAACCUUCAUCGUGGAUCGCUACAGCGGAGAUUUAAGAGUAGCCUCAGCGUUGGUGCCUUCUCAGCUCAUCUACAACCUCAUAGUUUCCGCCACCGACCUGGGCCCCGAGAGGAGAAGAUCCACCACUGAGAUGACUAUAAUUCUGCAAGGGGUCGAUGGGCCUGUUUUCACUCAGCCCAAAUACAUCACCAUCCUGAAGGAGGGCGAGCCCAUCGGGACGAACGUGAUAUCCCUGGAGGCGGCGAGCCCGCGGGGCUCCGAGGCGCAGGUGGAAUAUUACAUCGUGUCCGUUCGGUGCGACGACCGGAGCCUCGGGCGCCUCUUCACCAUCGGGCGCCACACCGGGGUCAUCCAGACCGCUGCCAUCCUGGACAGGGAGCAGGGAGCACGGCUCUACCUGGUGGAUGUUUACGCCAUUGAAAAGUCGUCCGUUUUGCCCCGCACGCAGCGAGCAGAGGUAGAAAUAACACUUCAAGAUAUAAAUGACAACCCGCCAGUCUUCCCCACGGACAUGCUCGAUCUGACUGUAGAGGAGAACAUAGGAGAUGGAUCUAAAAUACUGCAGCUGACAGCCAUGGAUGCUGAUGAGGGAGCCAAUGCCCUGGUGACAUACACCAUUAUCAGUGGUGCAGACGACAGCUUCCACAUCGACCCCGAGUCGGGGGAGCUGAUCGCCACCAAGCGCCUGGACCGCGAGCGCCGCUCCAAGUACUCCCUGCUGGUCCGCGCCGACGACGGCCUGCAGUCCUCGGACAUGAGAAUAAACAUCACUGUCAGCGACGUCAAUGACCACAUCCCCAAGUUCUCCAAGCCAGUGUACUCCUUUGACAUCCCAGAAGAUGCCACUCCAGGUUCCUUGGUGGCAGCCAUCCUGGCCACCGACGACGACUCGGGCGUCAAUGGGGAGGUGACGUACACCAUCAGCGAGGAUGAUGAGGAGGGAAUCUUCUUCCUGAAUCCCGUCACCGGGGUCUUCAACCUGACGCGGGGCCUGGACUACGAAGCGCAGCAGUAUUACAUCCUCACCGUCCGCGCUGAGGACGGGGGAGGCCAGGCCACGGCCAUCAGGGUGUACUUCAACAUCCUGGACGUCAACGACAACCCGCCCCUCUUCGGCAUGGCCUCCUACAGCACUUCCGUGAUGGAGAACCUGCCCCCAGGAUCCGCCAUCCUCAACUUCAGCGUCACCGAUGCCGAUGACGGCCCCAACUCUCAGCUGUCCUUCAGCAUCGCGUCCGGGGACAGCGCGGGGCAGUUCGGCAUCGACAACAGCGGGGUACUGAGCAUCCGGCAGCCCCUGGAUCGGGAAAGCCAGUCCUUCUACAGCCUGGUGGUGCAAGUCCACGACAUGGCCCCAGUCCCAGCCUCCAGGUACACCAGCACAGCACAAGUUUCCAUCAUCCUGCUGGACGUGAACGACAGCCCCCCCAGCUUUAUCUCCCCGAGGCUGACCUACGUGCCGGAGAACACGCCCAUAGACACGGUGGUGUUCAAAGCCCAGGCGACUGAUCCCGACAGCGGUCCCAACAGCUACAUCGAGUACAGCCUGCUCCGGCCUCUGGGAAACAAGUUCAGCAUCGGAACCAUUGAUGGGGAAGUGAGGCUCACCGGGGAGCUUGACAGAGAAGCCGUGGCCAACUACACCUUGACUGUGGUAGCCACAGACAAGGGCCAGCCGUCCCUCUCUUCGUCGGCGGAUGUGGUGGUCGUUGUCCUGGACAUUAACGACAACAACCCGCUCUUUGCCCAAAAGCUUUACCAAGUGGAGGUGGCGGAAAAUACUUUGACAGGGACGGAUUUAGUCCAGGUGUUGGCUGCUGACGGAGAUGAAGGGACAAAUGGGCAGGUCCGCUACGCCAUCGUGAGCGGGGAUGCCAGCAGUGAGUUUCGGAUCGACUCUGUGACGGGGGUGAUAACUGUGGCCAAGCCUUUGGAUAGAGAGAAGAAGCCCUCCUACACACUGACUGUUCAGUCAUCUGACCGCGGGAGCAGCCCCAGGACCGACACCACGACAGUCAGUAUUGUUCUGAAGGAUGUUAAUGAUUUCAUUCCCACCUUUGAGCUUUCGCCCUACUCUGUGAACGUCCCUGAGAAUUUGGAGACACUGCCAAAAGUUAUUCUUCAGGUGGUAGCAAGGGAUGAUGACCAAGGGCUGAACAGCAAGCUGACCUACGUGCUGGUGGCUGGCAAUGAGGAGGGAGCCUUCACCCUCUCGGGCAGCGGAGAGCUGCGCCUGGUGCGGAGCCUGGACCGGGAGGCCAAGGAGCAGUACCUGCUGCUGGUCACAGCUGCUGAUGCAGGAUCUCCUGCCCUCACUGGCACUGGAACCAUUGCUGUCACAGUGGAUGAUGUCAAUGACAAUGUCCCCACGUUCGCCUUUAACAUGUAUUUUGCCACUGUUCCGGAGGAUGCUCCCACGGGGACAGAUAUUUUGCUCGUAAACUCCUCGGAUGCUGAUGCCUCUACAAAUGCUGUCAUUAGCUACAGGCUUAUGGGCGGUAAUUCACAGUUCACCAUCAACCCUUCUACGGGACAGAUCAUCACCAGCGCUCUCCUCGACCGAGAGGCCAGGGAGAACUACACCCUGGUGGUGGUGGCCAGCGAUGGAGGCUUCCCCAGGGCUCUCUCCAGCUCCACCAGCGUGCUCGUGUCCGUGGCCGAUGUGAACGACAACCCGCCCAAAUUCCAGCACCACCCCUACGUCACCCACGUCCCAUCGCCCACCCCUUCAGGCUCAUUCGUGUUUGCCGUGACUGUCACCGACGCAGAUGCCGGCUCCAAUGCCGAGCUCCAUUAUUCCCUCGUGGGGAAGAACUCUGAGAAAUUCCACAUUGAUCCAGCAAGGGGGGCAAUCCUGGCUGCAAAACCACUGGCGGGAGAGUCCGAAGUCACCAUUUCUGUUCACGUGAGGGAUGGCGGCCGGUACCCCAAGACAGACUCUACCACCGUCACCGUGAGGUUUGUGGACAAAGCCAAAUUUCCUCGUGUUCAGGCGGAGCAGGAGACCUUCACGUUCCCUGAAAACCAAGCUGUUGGGACACUUGUCACCACCGUCUCUGGAUCUUCAGCCAGAGGAGGCUCCUUGUCCUAUUACAUCGCCAGCGGUAACCUGGGCAGCACCUUCCUGGUGGACCAGGUGACAGGACAGCUUUCUGUCGGGCGGGCUUUAGAUUUCGAAGCCGUACAGAAAUACGUGGUGUGGAUUGAGGCCAGAGACACGGGCUUCCCCCCCUUUUCCUCAUAUAAGAAAUUGGAAGUAUCGGUGAUUGACGUCAACGAUAACGUGCCAGAGUUUGAGCAAGAUCCUUUCAUUGCGGAAAUAGCGGAGAACCUGUCCCCACGGAAGAUACUGACGGUGGCUGCUGUCGACAGAGACAGUGGUCUAAAUGGACAGCUGAAUUAUGAAAUAAUUGAGGGCAAUACCGAGAACAGUUUCAGUAUCAAUCGAGCCACUGGUGAGAUCAGAAGUGUCCGGCCCUUGGACAGGGAGAAACUGUCUCAGUACACACUAACCAUAAAAGCUUCGGAUAAAGGCACUCCGCUCCAGAGCACGACUGUCAAAGUUAUCAUUAACAUUUUAGAUGAAAAUGACAAUGCUCCGAGGUUUUCACAGAUAUUCAGUGCUUCUGUGCCUGAAAAUGCACCUCUGGGUUUUACAGUGACACGAGUCACAACAUCAGAUGAGGACAUUGGGGUGAACGCCGUCAGCAGGUACUCCAUAAGGGAUACGAGUCUCCCGUUUACCAUCAACCCCAGCACCGGGGACAUCACCAUCAGCAGACCACUGAACAGGGAGGACACCGACCGCUACAGAAUCAGGGUCUCUGCACAUGACUCAGGCUGGACGGUGAGCACAGAUGUCACCAUAUUUGUCACAGAUGUCAAUGACAAUGCCCCACGGUUUACAAAGCCAUCCUAUUACCUGGAGUGUCCUGAGCUACCCGGCAUUGGGCUAAAGGUCACCCAGGUGUCAGCCACCGAUCCAGAUGAAGGGUCCAAUGGUCAAGUCUUCUACUUCAUAAAAUCCCAGUCCGAGUUCUUCCGCAUUAACGCCACCACUGGAGAGAUUUUCAACAAGCAGUACUUGAGGUACCAAAACUCCAGCGGUUCCAGCAAUGUCAACAUCAACAGGCACAGCUUCAUCGUGACGUCGUCAGACCGGGGCAGUCCCCCGUUAGUGAGUGAGACCACCGUCACCAUAAACAUAGUAGACAGCAAUGACAAUGCUCCGCUCUUCCUCGCUCCUAAAUAUUUCACUCCUGUUACUAAGAACGUGAGGGUUGGCACUAAUUUAAUUAAAGUUACUGCUGUGGAUGACAAGGACUUUGGCUUGAAUUCUGAAGUGGAGUACUUCAUUUCUGAUGAAGGCAAAACUAAUAAAUUCAGACUGGACAGGAGUACAGGCUGGAUUUCUGUGUCAUCUUCACUAAUGGCUGAUUUGAACAAAAACUUCCUGUUUAAAGUGAAAGCCAAGGACAAGGGUAAUCCCCCACUCUCAUCCGAGGUAGCUGUUGAAAUAGUGGUGACAGAAGAAAAUUACCACACACCUGAGUUUUCCCAGAGCCGCAUGAGCGUUACUAUCCCGGAGAGCUACUCUGUUGGAACAGUGGUCAGGACGGUUUCAGCACGAGACAGAGACGCUGCCAUGAACGGAUUAAUCAGCUACAAUAUUUCCUCUGGAAAUGAAGCUGGAAUCUUUGCUAUUAAUACAACCACCGGUACAUUGACACUAGCCAAACCACUGGAUUUUGAGUUACACCAAAAGCACGAGCUGGUUGUUACCGCCACGGAUGGAGGAUGGGUGUCCCGAACAGGCUACUGCAGCGUCACUGUUAAUGUCAUUGAUGUCAAUGAUAACUCCCCAGCGUUCAGCCCUGAGGAGUACUUUCCCACCGUGUUAGAAAACGCCCCCAGUGGGACAACUGUAAUUUGUUUGAACGCCACUGAUGCUGACUCUGGGUCUAACGCCGUUAUUGCGUAUGCCAUCCAGUCCUCAGACAGCGACCUCUUUGUCAUUGACCCCAACACGGGAACCAUCACCACCCAGGGAUUCCUAGAUUAUGAAACAAAGCAGAGUUACCAUUUAACGGUAAAGGCUUUUAAUGUUCCAGAUGAAGAGAGGUGCAGCUUUGCUACUGUCAACAUCCAGUUAGAAGGGACAAAUGAGUAUGUGCCCCGUUUUGUGUCCAAGCUUUAUUAUUUUGAGGUUUCAGAGGCAGCCUCCAAAGGUACUGUUGUAGGUGAAGUUUUUGCAAGUGAUCGUGAUAUGGGAAUUGAUGGAGAAGUCCACUACCUCAUCUUUGGGAACAGCAGAAAGAAGGGCUUCCAGAUAGAUGAGAAAAGUGGCCAGAUCUACGUUUCAGGACCUCUUGACAGAGAAAAGGAAGAACGAAUCUCUUUGAAAGUCCUUGCAAAAAAUUUGGGGAGCAUUCGUGGUGCAGAUAUAGAUGAAGUAACUGUUAAUAUCACAGUCCUGGAUGCCAACGAUCCUCCUGUCUUUACCUUGGGAACCUACAAUAUACGGAUCAGCGAGGGUGUUCCUCCAGGCACCCAUGUCACGUUUGUCAGUGCCUUUGAUUCAGAUUCUGUCCCCAGCUGGAGCAGGUUUUCCUAUUUCAUCGGGUCUGGCAAUGAGAACAGCGCCUUUUCCAUCAACCCACAGACGGGACAGGUGACAGUCACUGCAGAGCUGGAUCGAGAAACGCUGCCUGUCUACAACCUGUCCGUGCUGGCCAUCGAUUCGGGAACGCCCUCUGCGACAGGAAGUGCCUCUCUGCUGGUAACUUUGGAAGAUAUCAACGACAAUGGCCCUACCUUGUCCACCAGCCAAGGAGAAGUCCUGGAGAACAACCGCGCAGGAACUCUGGUGAUGACGCUUCAGUCGUCAGAUCCCGACCUCCCUCCCAACCAAGGUCCUUUUACAUAUUACCUGCUUAGCACUGGCCCUGCCACCAGCUACUUCAGCCUCAGCACUGCUGGAGUCCUGACAACGACGAGGGAGAUUGACAGGGAGCAAAUCAGCGAUUUCUACCUCUCAGUGAUUACGAGGGACUCUGGCGUUCCUCAGAUGUCGUCCACAGGAACUGUGCAGAUCAAGGUAAUAGACCAAAACGACAACCCAUCUCAGCCCAGAACAGUGGAAAUCUUUGUUCAUUAUUAUGGCAACCUCUUCCCAGGUGGAAUUUUAGGCAACGUAAAGCCGCAGGAUCCAGAUGUGCUAGACAGCUUCCAGUGCUCCCUCACCUCAGGAGUCACCAGCCUUUUCAGCAUUCCCAGGGGCACCUGUGAGCUGCACUCGCAGGCGAGGUCCACGGAUGGCACGUUUGACCUGGCCGUCCUCAGCAAUGAUGGGCUACACGGGGCCGUCACCAGCAGCGUCCGGAUUUUCUUUGCGGGCUUCAGCAACGCCACCAUCGACAACAGCGUCCUCCUUCGCCUGAGCGCCCACAGCGUGCGGGACUUCCUGAACAACCACUACCUGCACUUCCUGCGCAUCGCCAGCUCCCAGCUGACGGGGCUGGGCACGGCCAUCCAGCUCUACGGGCUGUAUGAGGACAGCAACCACACCUUCCUGAUGGCGGCCGUCAAGCGUGGCAACAACCAGUACGUGAACCCCAGCGGGGUGGCCACCUUCUUCGAGAGCAUCAAGGACGUCCUCUUCCGCCAGAGCGGGGUGCGGGUCGAGGCUGUGGACUACGACUGGUGCCUGCAGAACCCCUGCCAGAACGGAGGGAGCUGCCUGAGGAGGCUGGCGGUGAGCCCGGCCCUGAGGACACACGAGAGCGUCCCCGUCAUCAUCGUGGCCAACGAGCCGCUGCGGCCCUUCGUGUGCAGGUGCCUGCCGGGCUACGACGGGAGCCUGUGCGAGACUGACAUCGACGAGUGCCUCCCGUCGCCCUGCCACAACGACGGCACUUGCCACAACCUGGUGGGGGGCUUCUCCUGCAGCUGCCCCGAGGGCUUCACCGGCAUGGCUUGCGAGAGGGACAUCAACGAGUGCCUUUCCAACCCCUGCAAAAAUGGUGCUGCCUGCCAGAACUUCCCAGGAAGCUUCAACUGCGUUUGUAAAACGGGGUACACAGGGAAAACGUGUGACUCCACUGUCAACUACUGUGAGUGCAACCCCUGUUUCAAUGGUGGGUCCUGCCAAAGUGGGCUGGAGGGGUAUUUCUGCCACUGUCCCUUCGGUGUUUUUGGGAAUCACUGCGAGCUCAACAGCUACGGAUUUGAAGAGCUGUCCUACAUGGAGUUCCCCAGUAUGGAUCCCAACAACAACUACAUCUACAUCAAGUUUGCCACCAUCAAGAGUAACGCCUUGCUGCUGUAUAACUACGACAACCAAACAGGAGAGCGGGCGGAAUUCCUGGCGCUGGAGAUAGCGGAAGGGAGGCUGAGGUUCUCCUACAACCUGGGCACUGGCACCUACAAGCUCACCACAGCUAAGAAGGUGUCUGACGGACAGUUCCACACCGUCAUUGCCCGCCGGGCUGGAAUGGCAGCAUCCCUGACGGUGGAUUCCUGCUCUGAGGACCAGGAGCCAGGCUACUGCACUGUCAGCAACGUUGCUGUUUCAACUGACUGGACUCUGGAUGUACAACCAAAUCGAGUUACUGUUGGUGGCAUCAGGUCCAUAGAGCCCAUCCUUCAGAGAAGAGGACAGGUGGAAAGCCAUGACUUUGUGGGCUGCAUAAUGGAGUUUGCUGUCAAUGGACGUCCCCUGGAGCCCAGCCAGGCUCUGGCAGCCCAAGGAAUCUUAGAUCAGUGUCCCAGACUGGAAGGUGCUUGCACAACCAGCCCCUGCCAGAAUGGUGGCACUUGUGUCGAUCAGUGGUCGUGGCAGCAGUGUCACUGCAAGGAUGGACUGACGGGAAAGCACUGUGAAAAAUGUGAGGAGGAGGUUUUACUGUCUUUAAUAGACACCCCAAAGAAUGGGGGGGCUGCAUGGCGGCUCGACUACCACAUGAGCCCCAACAAGAAGCGGGACUACCUGAUGAGACUUGGGGCUCGGGGCGCUGGCGCGGGCCGCCCGGGCGUGGAGCGCUUGGAGGUGAAGUUCAUGACGAGGAGCGAGAACGGCGUUUUACUCCACGUCCAAGAAAGCAGCAACUUCACUACCGUGAAGAUAAAAGGUGGGAAGGUGCACUACAUAUCUGAUGCUGGAGUUGCUGGGAAAGUGGAAAGGAACAUCCCUGAGGUGUAUGCUGCAGAUGGCCAGUGGCACUCAGUCCUCCUGGAGAAGAAUGGCUCUGCCACCAUCCUGUCGGUGGACAGGACUCACAGCCGGGACAUUCUCCAUGCCACCCAAGACUUCGGUGGGCUGAACGUCCUCACCAUUUCUCUGGGAGGAAUUCCAUCCAGCCAACCCUUCAAGAGCACAGUUGCAGGCUUCAACGGCUGCAUUUCCUACAUCAAGUACGGCGGGGACAGCCUUCCCUUCGCCGGCAAGCACAGCCUCGCCACGCUCUCCAGAACAGAGCCCUCGGUGAAGAUCGGCUGCCGCGGCCCGGACGUGUGCGCCAGCAAUCCCUGCUGGGGCGAGCUGAUGUGCAUCAACCGCUGGUUCGCCUACCAGUGCGUGCCGCCGGGGGCCUGCGCCUCCGGCCCCUGCCGCAACGGGGGCAGCUGCGAGCCGGGGCCCCAGGCCGGCUUCACCUGCAGCUGCCCCGAGGCCUACGCGGGACGGACGUCCCCUCGCCCCAGGAACCCCAGCAUCUGCAGCGCAGACCACGGCCGCUCCUCGUCGGAGGAGGACUGCAGGAGGCCCCUGUCCCGGACGAGGAACCCGGCCGACGGCAUUCCCGCGCCCGAGUCCUCCUCCGACAGCGACUCGCACGAGUCCUUCACCUGCUCCGAGAUGGAGUACGACCGGGAUAAGCCCGUGGCGUACACCUCCAGGAUGCCCAAGUUAUCCCAGGUGAACGAGUCGGACGCGGAUGACGAGGACAACUACGGCUCCAGGCUGAAGCCCCGGCGGUACCCGGGGCGGCGCGGCGAGGGCGGGCCCGUGGGGGCGCAGGCGGCUGGCACCGCGGCCGGGGACAGCUCCCUGCCCGGGAAGCUGGGGCAGCAGGCGGGAAGCUUCAACUGGGACAACCUCUUGAACUGGGGCCCGGGAUUUGGGCAUUACGUGGAUGUUUUCAAAGAUUUGGCAUCGCUUCCUGAAAAAACAGCAGCAGCAGCAGCAGCAGCAGCGAGUGAAGAGAGCAAAGGUGGUACAGCGAAGGCUGUGUCCAAGGAGGGGGAAGCAGAACAGUAUGUAUAGGCUUUGUCUCCUGGUAUUGCCGCAGUGCAAAGCCACGGGGACUGCUCAAACCAUUAUAUGGUUGUAGAAAAGCCAAGGUCAGCAUCUGAUCCCCAGGCCAGUCUGGUUGGAGGAGACUUUAAAAAUAAUAACCAUUAUGCUGCUGAAAGAGACUUAAGACAUUUUUAAUUUAAUUAUGCUUGGAUGAAUUUAUUUCUCCUGCAUGCAUUGUAUUUGCAAACCAGAUAUUCGGCAUGCAGCCUUUGGAAAGGGUUUUCCUAUUUACCAUUGUUUGGUUCGUGAUUCUUAAAUUAAUAAUGCUUUGUUCUGAAAAUGAACUAAUUUUUUGUUUCAAUUGUGAAGGAUGUGCGUAUUGUCUCCAGCUACUAACGUGUUUUACAAUGCAAGAGUACUGAGGAUUCCAUUUUCCUUAAGAAGAGUGUGGAACUAAGGUGGUGAAUGAAGGAAGUACAGUAGUGAGGUGUCUCAGAAAAUGUAGUUACCAUAUCCUACGGUUGCUCUCAUGUGACUUUAUGGAUGAAAUCAGCUUGAAUAAUUGCUGGCAACAGUGCUUGCUGUAAGUCUUAUUCCAUACAAGAGGUGCUAGAAGCAGCUCAAGCCAGUCAGCACUUUAGGAGAUUUCUGGGUUUUUUGUUUUUUGGGUUUUUUUUCUUUUCAGUUUGUUUAUUUGUUUGUUUCAGGUUUCUUUAUCUCUUCUUUCAUUUUUUGUUUUGUUGUUUUUGUUUGGUUUGGGGUUUUUUGACAAAGCUGUGUGAGAGCUUCUGAAUCUCUAGGAAACGUUUUUGGGGAUGCUUACUUUAUCCUGGUCCCUCCCUACCCCCCCUGUGAUUCCUGGUCAUUUGUCCAGCCCAGCCCAGCCCCCUGGCACACAGCAGCAAGGGACAAACGUGUCCAUCCCCACAUCUCGUGGCCUCUCAGCUUGGCUGUGCUGCUGCUGCUGCAGCCUGUGCUUCUCCCCUGCUUCCAUUUUCCCAUCUGUACCGUGGAAAGGUAGGAAAAACACUUGGUUCCCUGCCUCACAGGGGUGUUGUGAGGGCUAAUUAGUUAAACUCGCCUGUAGUGCUUCAACAUUAUAAAGCACUAUAAUAAGUAUUAUCAUAAUUGUUAUUAAAGCACUGCCUAGCCUCUGUGACCUUGGAGUGGCAUUUUCUGCAUUCUAUGAUUUUCUAUGAUGGAAACUUUGAAGAAUUAUUUAUUGUAUAGAAAAUUACUGCACUCUAGCAUUUUGGAGCAGAUAUGAGGGAAAACUACUUGUAGAUUCAUUAACGUAGCUUACCAGUUGUUCCCAAUUCCCUAAAGUUGUAGGUAAAAUAGAAUCUCACAAACUCCUUACAUCUUCAUGCAGAUCUGAUGAACCUAUUGUACUGUGUAAAAACUUCAAUUCUUUUUUUUUUUUUUUUUUUUUUUUUUUUUACCUAAGCUGUGUUUUUAUAUCAAUAUUUUCCUAUGCUGAAUAGUUUUCUUACUUUCAGGGAAGGUAAGAAAAAUACUUUUUUUACAUUUGUUACUUAUGUAACAUCCAUAUUUUUCACGUUUUGAUAAAAUUGUAACAUACUGUAUGCUUUCUACCUGUAAAUGCCAAUAAUAGAAUUAAAAUAUUUAUUUAAAA